AUAUAUGCCCUUAUGGUGUUUAACCCACUGGGUCUACCUCCAAGGCACUGGGCUGUAGAUCAUUCUGACCACUCGCUGCUCCUCAUCCAGGAAGCUCUUAUAAGGGGCUUGUGGGGCAUCUUUUGACUUAAACAAAAAAGAAAGAAAAGCAAGGAAAAACAAAUGGCACCAAAGAAAGACGCCAAGAAAGCUGCAGCACCAGCGCCAGCGCCAGCGCCAGCACCAGCACCAGCACCAGAACCAGCAAAGCCCAAAGAAGCCCCAAUUGAUCUCUCCUCCAUCAAGAUCGAGUUCUCCAAGGAUCAACAGGAUGAUUUCAAGGAGGCAUUCCUCCUCUUCGACAGGACUGGGGAGGGCAAGAUCACUCUAAGCCAGGUCGGAGAUGUCAUUCGGGCUCUUGGGCAGAACCCCACAAAUUCUGAGAUCAAGAAGAUAUUGGGCAACCCCAGCAAUGAGGAGAUGAAUGCGAAGAAAAUUGGGUUUGAAGAGUUUCUACCCAUGUUGCAGGCAGCUGCCAAUAAUAAGGACCAGGGCUCCUUUGAAGACUUUGUUGAAGGUCUACGUGUCUUUGACAAGGAAGGCAAUGGGACGGUCAUGGGUGCUGAACUGCGUCAUGUAUUGGCCACUCUGGGUGAGAAGAUGAAGGAAGAAGAAGUGGAAGAACUGAUGAAAGGGCAGGAAGAUUCCAAUGGCUGCAUAAACUAUGAGGCAUUUGUGAGGCACAUCAUGUCCGUCUAAAUGGACUUUUCAAGUCACACACCUG